UCAGUUAAAUGUCAAAUUUGUCUAUUUUCACUGGUGACUAAUUUUAGAGGGUCGGUGGUUUAUUUCUUAUUUUGUUACUAUUUAAAAUCGAAUAUGAGCUUUUUCGGAAAACUUUUCGGUGGCAAAAAAGAAGAUGUUGCUCCAACACCAGGAGAAGCUAUUCAAAAACUUCGAGAAACCGAGGAGAUGCUAAUAAAAAAACAGGACUUUUUGGAGAAGAAGAUAGAGGAAUACACUUUAAUUGCGAAAAAAAAUGCUUCAAAAAAUAAACGAGUCGCGCUUCAAGCUCUUAAAAAGAAGAAAAGAUUGGAAAAAAACCAAUUGCAAAUAGAUGGAACUCUCACGACGAUUGAAAUGCAAAGGGAAGCUCUCGAGGGAGCAAGUACAAACACUGCUGUAUUAGAUUCUAUGAAAAAUGCAGCAGAUGCAUUGAAGAAAGCUCACAAAAACUUAAACGUGGAUGAUGUUCAUGAUAUUAUGGAUGAUAUAGCUGAACAACACGACAUCGCCAACGAAAUUACUAACGCUAUUAGUAAUCCUGUAGGAUUCUCGGAUGAUUUAGAUGAAGACGAAUUAGAAGCUGAAUUAGAACAAUUGGAACAAGAAGGACUAGAAGAAAAUCUACUGAAAGUACCGGGGCCUGCUGAACUUCCUUCUGUGCCAGCCGAAGCAGUCUCUAAUAAACCAAUCAAACCGGCAGCUAAAAAAGUGGAAGAUGACGACGACAUGAAGGAAUUGGAAGCUUGGGCGUCGUAAAAUUAACGAACAAAAGUGUUUGUUUCAGCAACCCAACCACUGUAAUUGAGAUAUAUAAAAAAAUGUUUGUAUUUCUUUGAGUAAUAACAGCUAAAAAAAUAUGUCAUAUUAUAGAUCAAGCUUUACCGAUAAAAAAGGCAUAGAUUAGCGAAAAAAUAAAAAAUAUUCAGGAGAACGUUGACUUUUUUAAAAUAUAUUUAAAUUGAUAGUUUUAACAUUGUGGUUUAAAAAUUUCGAAUCUUUAAAAAAUUUUCGAUUCUCCAUUAAAUAGAAUCUGAACAAAUUUUCGAAAUUGUGUAUAUAUAUAUAAUCACGCUAUUAUUAUGAAUUAACUAUUUUUUUUUGGAGAUUUUAAAAGCACCUUAAAAUUAUUUUUGUACCAUAAAACUUUUUAUUAUCAUUAUUUUAUCUAUUGUAAUUAAAUAAAGGAUCAUUGAGGUAUUAAAAUAAUACUAAAUUUUA